AUGACGACUGCCGAGAACAUGGAAGAACCAAAGUGGGAAGGUCCCACUAUGGCGAGACUCGUGCAAGAAGGUCUGGGCCUAAGCAUUGAUGCUACUAAACCAGAAGUAAUGCUGCACACUCAAAUUGAGCCGACAGAGAAAAAUCUGGUGAGACGUACGGUCGGAACUGGUUACCAAGAGUUGAACGAGACGCUAGAAACGGCGUCGUCCGUCAAGCAGAGCUUGUCAAGCAAUCUACGCUUGAACGCUAUAGAAGCAGUGUCAUUCAACGUGAAAUACAAUUGGCACAAAGAGGAAAACAGAUCGGUGAAGAUGAGAGCAAAAGGCAAGAAGAUCCAUUGUGAGACUGUUCUUUUCGACUAUCAACAGUUUCCCGACUCAUCUCGCCACCUCCGUACGUUACUGGAGGCUGCAGCUAAGCAGAAGGGACACGAGUACUGUCCAGGAAAGAAGGUUAUUCUGAGAGACCGUGAAAGCAUCUGUAGAAACGUCGUUAGGAACGAAAAUCAGGGAGUAACUCACUACAUUUCUGAAGUUGAUCUUGGAGCUAUGGUUUACGAAGUUAAAGUUGAACAAGACGUGAGAGAGAACAACGCUAGAAGGGGAGCGUAG